AUGGACCCCAGGAGCCUUGCCGAAACCCAGGAGGACCAGGAGGGGGGCUGGAAGCAGCUGUCCCCACAAAAAGUGACGCUUUACCUGAGACCAGGCCAGGCGGCUGCGUUCAAUGUGACCUUCCGGCGGUUCAAGGGCUACCCCAUGGACCUGUGCUACCUGAUGGACCUCUCCUACUCCAUGCUUGACAACCUCCUCAACGUCAAGAAGCUGGGUGGCAACCUGCUCCGCACCCUCAAUGAGAUCACCGAGUCGGGCCACAUUGGCUUCGGGUCCAUCAUCAACAAGACCUUCCGGCAUGUGCUGAAGCUGACCAAUGACUCCAGACUGUUCCAGACAGAGGUUGGGAAGCAGCUGAUUUCUGGAAACCUGGACGUGCCUGAGAGUGGGCUUGACGCCAUGAUGCAAAUUGCCGCCUGCCCGGAGGAAAUAUGCUGGCGCAAUGUCACACGGCUGCUGGUGUUCGCCACGGACGACGGCUUCCACUUUGCAGGGGACAGGAAGCUGGAUGCCAUCCUGACCACCAACGAUGGCCGUUGCCACCUGGAGGACAACAUGUACAAAAGCAGCAACGAAUUUGACUACCCGUCAGUCAGCCAGCUGGCGCACAAACUGGCUGAAAGCAACAUCCAGCCCAUCUUCACAGUGACCAAGAGGAUGGUGAAAACCUACGAGAAACUCACCGAGAUCAUCCCCAAGUCAGCCAUCGGGCAGCUGUCGGAGGAUUUCAGCAACGUGGUCCAACUCAUGAAGAACGCCUACAACAAACUCUCCUCCAGUGUCUUCCUGGACCACAGUGCCCUCCCGGACACCCUGAGAGUCACCUACGACUCCUUCUGCAGCAACGGAGUGCGGCACAAGGGCCAGCCCCACGGGGACUGCAAUGGCGUGCAGAUCAGCAUCCCGAUCACUUUCCAGGUGAAGGUCAUAGCCACGGAGUGCAUCCAGGAGCAGUCAUUUGUCAUCCGGCCGCUGGGCUUCACAGACACGGUGACUGUGCGAGUCCUUCUCCAGUGUGAGUGCCGGUGCCAGGACCAGGAGUCCUGCAGCUUCUGCCGUGGCAAGGGCUCCGUGGAGUGCGGUGUCUGCAGGUGCGACGCUGGCUACACCGGGAAAACCUGUGAGUGCCAGACGCAUGGCCGGAGCAGCCAGGAGCUGGAAGGCAGCUGCCGCAAGGACAACUCCGUCAUCUGCUCGGGGCUGGGGGACUGCAUCUGCAGGGAGUGCGUGUGCCACGCCAGCGACGUGCCCGACAAGCUGAUCUUCGGGAAGUACUGCGAGUGCGACAACGUCAACUGCGAUCGCUUCGACGGCGAAGUCUGUGGCGGCAAGGGGAGGGGGCACUGCGCAUGUGGCAAGUGCUACUGCAGCGAGGGCUAUGAGGGCUCGGCAUGCCAGUGCCGGAGGUCCACCGAGGGCUGCCUGAACGCGCAGCACGUCGAGUGCAGCGGCCGAGGCUGGUGUCGCUGCAACGUGUGCGAGUGCGACGCGGGCUACCAGCCGCCCCUGUGCGUGGAGUGCCCGGGCUGCCCCUCGCCCUGCGGCCGGUACAUCUCCUGCGCCGAGUGCCUGAAAUUCGACAAGGGUCCCUUAGGGAAGAACUGCAGCGCGCAGUGUGCGACCUUGCAGCUGCGUGACAGUCCUGGGAGGGGCAGGACGUGCAAGGAGCGGGACUCCGAGGGCUGCUGGAUGACCUACACCCUGCAGCAGCGGGAUGGGAGGGACAGCCACUACAUCCACGUGGACGAGAGCCGAGAGUGUGUGAACGGCCCCAACAUCGGCGCCGUCAUAGGGGGCACCCUGGUGGGCCUCCAGCUGACUGGCGUCCUCCUGCUGGUCAUCUGGUUGGCCCUGACCCACCUUAGUGGCCUCUGGGAGUACAAGCAUUUUCGAGGAAAAGCUCAAGUCCCAGUGGAACAACGAUAA